CAUUACUUUAUACAGUUGUUAAAAAGCGGAAACUUCAACGAACAUGAAAUCACCUGAAAGAGAGGUUUUUUGGCUCUAUAUACUCAUAAAAUUGUUGCCUUGGGGUAAUUAUUUUGAUGUUGAAAAUGUUCAAAUGGAAUGGUUGCAAUUCCUGCUUCUGAUAGCCGUUGAGAGCACUAGGAGAAUGGAGAAAGCAGUGGAUUGGACAGAUGACAAGUACUGGGCAGCCUGGGAUAAGUGGGAUGAGGUGAUAGAUUGGGGAGAUGAAAAGUCUUCACCCACAACACCUCCCUCUAUCCAGGCUGGCACCAGCACUGGAGACGUGGAUGUUGGGGUGGAACAUUACCAGCAGCCAGUAUUCAAACGCCAGCAAAAGAAACUGGUUUUGAGGAUGCAAAUUCAUCUCAGUGUGCAGCCUCAGCCUCAACAUGUGGUCCAGAACGCAAAUGACAGGGAGGAAGAAGCCCCAGUUCUGUGUAACAUGUCAUCUUGGAGGGAACCUGUUACUCAGGAACAAAGGGAGUCAAAAAGGCAUAAGGACCCAUUCUCCGUGCCUGGAUAUGAGACCCACCACUGGCCCAGAGAAAGAUACUGGUCGCGACAGCCAGCAAAGACAGUCAUUGAUGAAAAUAUCAUCCUGGGCUUCUGCAAUGGCCUGAUGGCUUUUUCACUGUCAUGAAA